AUGUUCUGCCGUGUUACUGUUGCCGUUUUGUUGCUGGCCGUUUCGGCACAUGCUGGAUUUUUCGGUGAUGUCAGCGGAAUGGCUAGUGAUGUUGGUGACUUUUUCUCAAAGCAGUUCAACAACCUGAAAGAUCUAUUCGCUGGAAACCAAUCGGAGCUUGAGAAGAACAUUCAACGAGUGAAAGAUCUCCUGAUGGCGAUCAAAGAGAAAGCAAAGAUGCUCGAGCCAAUGGCCAACGAUGCACAAAAGAAGACAAUCUCAGAGGUUAACAACUACAUGCAACAAGUGGAGGCCUUCGGUGCUCAGGUGAAAAAAGACGGAGACGCGAAAUUCGAGCAACGGUACCAUCGAGAGGACGAAAUGGGCUUGGUCCCUCGGACAACUACGUGA